AGCUAGCUUCAGACCAGUGAGAAACCUUGUCAAAAAAAACAAAACAAAACAAACGAAAAAAAAAAAGAGAGAGAGAGAGAGACAGCGACAGCGACAGAGAGAGGCAGGCUUUCCUGAUAUGGCUCACCAGGUGGUUGACUUCAGCCCUCUCGCCUAAAGCAGACCUAAAGAAACAAGAGCUAAGAAAACUGCGGCCCCUCCUACAGCUAAGAACUGGGCAGCCAUAGGCCUCCCAAUAUGCCUUAUUCAAGCACCAUGGGUUCCCAGGGAGUUGGCAGAAGAACCCCGGGAUGAAGGCAACAGGAACGUACAACUAGAAGCCACAUUUCCGCUUUGUGGCAGCAGGACGACCUAAAGGGCCCCUCUCGCAGACAGAAAACAAGAAUGCAGAAUUCCCACCAAAAAAAAAAAAAAAAAAACCAGUUCGGAGGAUCCGGGUCUAAGUCCGUGCAGCAGCCGCCAUCACCGACCAGCACGCACCCUAAAAGCCACCGGGGCUCCAAGGAGUGAACAUCGGAACCACCCAAGACGCUAGCUAAUUGUACAUUUCCAGGCCCAGAGAAGAGACUCAUUCAGUGGGUGCCGAGCCAGGCCUGCGAGGCUGCUCUUCCAGCCAGCGCCUCGGACAACCCGAGUACUGGUUCCCUGGGGAGCCCACUCGGAGAAACCAGACUCUGGGGCGAACAGGGUCUCCAAGUUCCAAAGUUUCCCCCUCUCGCUAGGCGCACCGACCUCCUCCCACCACCACCACCACCACCCCGGGACCUCACCCGCACGCGCGGUCACGGAAGCGUCGGAGAACUCAGUGAUGGACUCAACGGCCUUUGCCAGGGCGCCGCGGGCCCCUAAAAGCGCAGCACGGUGGCCGGCAGGGGGCGCUGCAGCAGGGACAAUGCAGGGCGGGGGCGCCGGGCACCCCCAGCCCAGAGCCGCGCGGCGGGAAGGAGCGGGCGCCGGGGAGGGCGGGAGCCACGCGGCGGCGGCGCGAGGGCGGGGCAGCCGGCGGGGCGGGGCGGGGCCGACGGGCUGGCGGCGAGCGCCGGGAGAGCGCGCCGGCCGGGCCAGCGAGGAGGGAGGAGCGAGGGGAGCGCGGGCCGCAGCCGCCCCCGCCCCGCGCCUCCCGCGCCUCCCGCGCGCAACAGUUCCCCUAAAGUUGCCGCCGGGGAGGCGCGCAGCCGGCGGGGGACGCGGCCUUGGCCCGGCGCGCGCAGCCCCGGCGGGCGACGGGAUGGGCACUCGGCAGACCAAGGGCAGCCUGGCGGAGAGAGCCAGCCCGGGCGCGGCGCCCGGCCCCCGCCGCGAAAGACCCGACUUCUGGGCGUCGCUGCUGCUGCGUGCCGGGGACAAGGCGGGGCGCGCGGGCGCUGGGCUACCCCCCUACCACCGGCGGGUCGGCAUGGUCCAGGAGCUGCUGCGGAUGGUGCGCCAGGGCCGGCGGGAGGAGGCGGGGACGCUGCUGCAGCACCUGCGCCAGGACCUGGGCAUGGAGUCAACCUCGCUGGAUGAUGUGCUGUAUCGCUACGCCAGCUUCCGGAACCUGGUGGACCCCAUCACACACGACCUCAUCAUCAGCCUGGCCCGCUACAUCCACUGCCCCAAGCCGGAAGGUGAUGCGCUGGGUGCCAUGGAGAAGCUGUGCCGGCAGCUGACCUACCACCUUAGCCCUCAUUCACAGUGGAGGAGGCAACGAGGGCUGGUGAAGAGGAAGCCACAGGCCUGUCUUAAGGCCCUCCUAGCUGGGAAUCCUCCAGACAACAUGGUGGACCUGUCAGGCAUCCCACUGACCUCACGCGACCUGGAGCGGGUGACCAGCUAUCUUCAGCGCUGCGGAGAGCAAGUGGACAGUGUGGAGCUGGGCUUCACAGGCCUCACAGACGACAUGGUCCUGCAGCUACUGCCGGCGCUCAGUACCCUGCCUCGUCUCACCACGCUAGCCCUCAAUGGCAACCGGCUGACCAGGGCUCUGCUGAGGGACCUCACCGACACCCUGAAGGACCCCAGCAAGUUCCCCAAUGUCACAUGGAUUGACCUGGGCAACAAUGUGGACAUCUUCUCUUUACCCCAGCCCUUCCUGCUCAGCCUGCGCAAGCGCUCUCCCAAACAAGGCCACCUACCUACUAUCCUGGAGCUGGGUGAGGGGCCAGGUACUGGGGAAGAGACCAAGGAAGGCACAAGUGAGCAGGACUCUGGAGGAAGCCCUAUGACACCUCCCAGAGACCAUGAUAGCAGGGAGAUUGUGACUCAGACAUGAUUUGGAAGCAGGGAGAACUUGUCAGGAUGGCUAAGGCAAAUUAGGGGUUUCUACCCAUCAGGAUGCCUGAACCCCACCCACCACCCAAACACCAGGAUGAGAUCAGAAUACUUUUUGUCCCUAACUACCAAUACCAUGCCCCUGAGAAGUCAUCCCUUGCUCUAGGGAUGUUCUCCAGAAUUGUGCAGCUGGAUCAAGCAGUGUCCCACCAGUACUGUUGAACCCCCUUAGAUUUAAUUUAGGGUAACUAAGACCCUUGGAGAAUCUCUCCAAUUCCAGGGGCCUCUUGGAAAGGGUGUGUGGUUAAGAGCAUUAACCAGUCCAAGCUGCAAUCUUCCCUUUGCUUGACUGGGGAUCUUACUGUGAAAGGCAGUACCAUGCCUAGUGCCCUUACCCAACCAGCACAACUUUUUCCUUUCUACCAGCCAAGUUCCAGACCUCAUUCCCAGGACUUAAUCCCUGGAAUGGCUUUUCAAGCACUUAAUCCUUAUCAAAAGGCUCUGGGACUAGUUCAGCCCUAGCCUUUUUCCCCCAUGUUCCUUAUUUCCCACAGCAAACAGCUCCUAUACUCACAGGCAGUUAUGAAUUUGGGGAAAUCAAACCCUUACAGGCCAGGUAAGCAAACAGGCUUAAAGGAUCUGGGUGAGUUAGGGGCCUUGCAUGGUACUGCAUAAAUCGUCAAGGGACCAGAAUUGGAAGUGUGGGUGCCUUAAAUGCUUUGAAACCUUUGCCCAAGUCCUAGGUUGUGAAAGCAGCUUAGACUGACCAGAAGUUUACAGUGCUAAAGCUAGGCUGCUUAACACCUGACAUAUUUCAGUCUUCAAAUACAAGUUUUUAAGGACCAGCACCAGAGGCCCUGCUUUACUGUAGCACUCGCUGACUCAGGUAAUGCACACACACAUUGACUUGUGAAUUCAACCAAUACAGUGGCAAUCAUUUUGGAAACAAAUUUAUUAAGUAGUGUAAAUGUCCUGUGGGGCAGGAUAUCAGAGGUGCCUGACCAGGACAAGGUGGGCAGACACACUAGGGAGUUUUUUCAUGAGGUGGCCUUCAGUCAGAAUCUUGUGAGUUGAUGGGCACUCCUCUGGAGAUAGCCUGCAAAGAGACUGAAGUUCAGAAUCACAUUUGCUCCAACCAGUGGCCUGCAGAACACCUAAAGAUAUCUUCAGAGAACCAUAGGCUCACCACUACCAAUCUGCCGGUAAUUCCAGCUAUUUUAGGUGAUCUCAUCAUUUGAUAUCCUUUCAGAGUAAGGAGAGCUCAGCUAGCAGCUGGAGGUGAUCACUGCACAGAGCAAACUUACCUCCUCCUUCUCCACUGCUGCCAACAUUGCAUUCUAGCACUCGGUCCUCCAAACUUGAGGAAGGGACACUCCUAAAAUGGACUGCAGAAACAGGAUGGAUUAAUGAUAGCCCCACUGAAGCCCAGCUCUAAGCACAACCUACCAAGAGUACCAAAAGCCUUACAGAGGGUCUAUUUUAAGUUAUUAAAAUAUAAUCUUAACUA